AUGGGAAAUCAGUGGGUUUUGGGGCUUCAUCUCUUUUUCCUUAGUAUUCUUGUGGUUGCAACCACAUAUACUUGUUUGGGUGCUCAAAAUCUGACGGCAAGCUGCCAUCAACGAGAGAGACUAGCACUACUAGAGUUCAAACAUAGCAUGAAAGAUGAGUUCAAAAUGCUCUCAUCAUGGGUUGGUAGUGAUUGUUGCUCAUGGAAAGGAGUCCACUGUGAUGAUGCAACCGGAAGUGUUGUCAGCCUUCAUCUCAGGGGAAAUUACAGGGUAUAUAUGGAGUAUGACCUCGAAGAAGAUUACUAUCUAGCAGGUGAAAAGUUAAAUGCACAUUUCGCCGAGUUGAGUCAUCUAAAACAUAUGGAUUUGAGUGGGAAUAAUUUUCAAGGAAGCCGGAUUCCUGAUUUCAUCGGAUCCUUUAAGCAGCUAAGUUACCUCAACCUUUCUCAUUCAGGUUUUAGUGGUAUUAUUCCCCAUCACAUUGGAAAUCUCUCCAAUUUGAAGGCCCUUGAUCUUUAUUCAGCUUUCUUCUUUCUAGAGGCAAAUGAUAUGUCAUGGGUUUCGGGCCUUUCCUCACUCGAGCAUCUUGACUUGAGAGAAGUUGGACUUCUUCAAGCAAAAAAUCUUGAUAUGGUAUUGUACAUGAUUCCUACAUUAAAAUACUUAAGUUUAAAAGAGUGUCGGCUUUCUAAUGUUGAUCUUGGUCUUGGUCUUCAUCUUAAUUCAAGCAUAUUACUUCCAAACAUCGAACAUCUAGAUCUUAGCUCAAACAAUUUCGACGGUCAACUCCCACACUUUUUUCAGAACCUAACAUCCUUAAAGUUCCUUGAUCUUUCAUCCUAUAAUCUUAAUCUGGCAUGGAACUCUUUAAACUUGCUAAAAAUGAUCCCUUCUUUAUUGGAAUUGCAUUUGUCAAGGUGUGGGCUUCACAAUGCACCGUUUUCUCCAGCUUAUCUGAAUUUCAGUGCCCAUUCUAAGAUACAAUAUCUUGAUCUUAGCGAGAAUUCAAUUGAAGGUAGAUUUCCAUCAGAAGUAACGAACAUGACUUCCCUAAGCGUCCUUGACCUUUCAUAUAACAGUUUGAACUCAUCAAUUCCUGUAAUGCCUAACCUUUUAAGGCUCGACAUUUCUUAUAAUAAAUUUAAUCAUAUUGCCCUUCAUGGAAUCUGGAGACAUUGUCAUCUGAAGGAAUUGACCAUGAGUGGUAAUAAAUUUGGGGAAGAAAUGAUAGGUCCAUCAACAAACAUGUCUGAAUGUUCCCAUUAUGCAUUAGAGAUGUUAGAUUCAGAAUGGAAUCGAGUAAACGGUCCAAUUCCAGAAUCUCUUGGAAGACUAACCAAUUUAAGAGUCUUGAAUCUUGUGUUCAACGGUUUGACCGGUUCAAUCCCAAAAGCUUUGGAGAGAUUAAGAUCAUUAGAGAUACUCAAUCUAUCUGAUAAUGAUUUAACCGGUCCCAUUCCGACAUUCCUUGGAAAACUUACCACACUUGACCUUUCCAGAAAUCAGUUUACCGGUUCUAUCCCAACAUCUCUAGGAAGAGUAGCUUCAUUACAAGCAUUUUCAGCGCCUUCAAAUUUGUUAAAUGGUAUGAUUCCAGUUUCAAUUGGGAGACUCUCCAAACAAGUGCUUUUAGAUUUGUCUAACAAUUCUUUAGAAGGACUAGUUUUGGAAGCCCAUUUUGCUACCCUCUCGAUGUUGAAGAGAUUGGAUAUAACUUCUAAUCAUAAGUUGAUCUUCAAUAUCUCACAAGAGUGGAUACCUCCAUUCCAAUUGAGAAGUUUUCAGCUUGGUUCUUGUAAAAUUGCCAAUGGAUUUCCACAGUGGUUGCAAACUCAGAGGAAGCUUGAGAAGUUGAUGAUGUCUAAUGCUAGCUUACAGGGGUGUCUACCAACAUGGUUGCGGAAGAUGCCCCUCAUUUAUUACUUAGAUCUCUCUUAUAACAAACUCAGUGGGACUUUAACAAACCUUCCUAUUAACAAAUAUAGUCGGUAUUUGAUUCUACGUGAAAACUUUUUCAACGGAUCAUUUCCAAAGUCGUUGUGCAGAGGAACACUCCUGCAAAUUUUUGAUAUUUCUAGAAAUGUGAUAUCUGGAAAUAUUCCCGACUGCGUUGAGAAUCUGCAUGAAAUGGAAACGUUUAUAUUGAGCUCAAACAAGAUGUCUGGUGUCCUUCCAAGUUCUUUAGGAAAUAUGUCUUCUUCACUGAAAUGGUUAAAAAUAAAUGACAAUAAAUUUAGUGGCAAGCUUCCUCGAAAUUUAGAGAAUUUCAGUACCUUAAGAGUUUUCGAUUUGGGCAGUAACAAAUUCUAUGGAAACAUACCAAAUUGGAUCGGAGAAAAUCUUAAGUAUUUGAUUGUCCUUAGGUUGCAUAAAAACAACUUCACAGGAAGAAUUCCUCAAUCAUUGUGCAAAUGUUCGUAUCUUCAAAUCUUGGAUGUCGCACACAACAACUUAAGAGGGACAAUCCCUCAUUGUAUUGGAGAGUUGCAUGGGAUGACUGAGAAUACACAUGAAGUGGGUACUCGUGUAGGAAUUUAUGAUUUUGAUUCGGCUGUGUUUCAGGUGUUGAAAGGAUUUCAACUUGAAUAUACUACAACUCUUGAUUUAGUUUUUAACAUGGACCUUUCAAGCAAUAAACUUCAAGGAGAAAUACCUCCAGAGAUAGUUACACUUACUUUGUUGGUGGGUCUCAAUUUGUCUCAUAAUCACCUAAGUGGGAGUAUUCCGGAGAGCAUUGGAAACAUGAAGGCGUUAUUUUCUCUCGAUUUUUCAGACAACCAAUUAACCGGGAUGAUCCCUCCAAGCAUGGCGGCUUUGAACUUUUUGAGCAGUAUGAAUGUGUCACAUAACAAUUUGUCGGGAAGAAUUCCAACAGGAAAUCAAUUGCAGACACUUAACGACCCAUCAAUAUAUGCUGGUAACAAGGAUCUAUGUGGUGCACCUCUGCCGAAUAAUUGCUCCAAUCAUGAAACCCCACCAACCACAACAAGCAAUAACAAACACAAAGAUGCUCAUGGGCUAAAUAAUUUAUGGUUUUAUUUGGACAUAAUAGGUGGAUUUGCAACAGGUUUUUGGGGUAUUAUAGGAGUUUUGUUGUUCAAGAAGCAAUGGAGACACAAGCUUUUUAUGAUUGCAGAGGUGAUCGUGGACAAGGUGUUUGUGGCAGUCGAAGUAAGAGUUUCCAAGAUUAAAAGGGGCAGAGAAUCCAUAUAG